AUGCCAUGUGUAGGGCAGGUUGGGCUAAAACGGAUCUGGCCCAAAUUGCCAUUCCUAUUCCGAGCCGUGACCACGUUUCAACCCAAUAAGUACACGCACAUCAUCUCCUUACAAGUUACAUCCAAGCUCCAACCUAUCUUUAUCUCCAGACCUAAGAUUAAAGGUUUUGUUGCAGCUCGGAGAUCUGCGUUUGGUCAAUUCAAACUCCACAGAUUGUUGCGCGCUUUGAUGGCUGGCAGGCGUGUCAACCUUGAUUCCAAGUUCGGAAUUAAAAAGUGUGUUGAGAGAUACAACCAUGGUGAUGAUCUUAUAAGUCGGUUGCCUGAUGACAUUCUCCUUGUUAUCCUAUCUUCCCUCCCACUGAAAGAAGCUGGCCGCACAAGUGUUCUUUCAUCUCGCUGGAGAAACUUGUGGAGUUACACCUCAUAUCUCUACUUCGAUGACCAUAGCUCCAUGGAGAAGAUUAUCCAGGUCCCAGAUUCCCUCUCUGUAGAGAGGGAAAAGUAUGUAAGAUGGGUGGAUUCGGUUCUCCAAUCACACAGAGGAUUCAGCUUGAAAGAAUUAAGAAUAUGUUUUAGUUUAGUCCAAUCACCGUCAAUUACGAAGUGGAUUGAAUUUGCUUUUGAGAGGCACAUCGAAAAGUUGGAAUUGAACCUUUCAGAUGGUGAUUAUGUUCACGACCCAGAUGAAACGUACGUGUUUCCUCAAGAGUUGUUAUGGGAAAAUAACAGUUCCUAUAAUCCUUAUAAAUCUAGCAGACUUUUCAACUAUAAAACCAUAAAAAUAUUGAGCUUCAGCUGCAUUAAUGUCUCUCGUGAAGCUAUCGAGUUUUUCUUUCGUUACUGCCCAUUGCUGGAGCAGUUAGUUGUCCAUUUCUCCGUUGUAUUGACCAGUCUUGAAGUUUGUGGACCAUCCCUUGUGUUAAAGCAUUUGGAGAUAUGCAAGUGCAGUUAUUUGGAAUCCUUAAGAAUUUCUGCUCCAAAUCUUAGUACGCUUAUACUUGGUAAAAUAGAAGGCCUCUUGCUUGAGGAUGUUCCAGUGCUUCGUGACGUUUAUGUGAACUUUAAUGACAGUCGGCCUGAUUCUUUUUAUGUACAAAAGCUAGUUCCCACACUGCUUUGCUGUCUUUCCCACUUGGAGAUUCUCACCUUCAAUAUUUAUCUUAGGAAUGAGGUUCUAUCGACGCUCAAUUUCCCUGUGAUGCCUAAACUUAGGAAGUUGGUCUUCAUUAAAGGUUUAAGUGGAGUGGAUUCAAGUCUGCUAGAACUAACUCAUUUUAUCAAGGCAUCUCCCAACUUGCAAGAAUUUGAGUUGAAGCAAUCAUGGUUUGAAGCGGAAAGGUCAGAUAGAGAAAUCCAGAAGGGAGUUAAGCAGUUUCCACUGCACCAGCACUUGAAUGUUUUUCGGUUUUCAGGUUAUUAUGGUUGCCCGAGUGAUGUUGAAUUAGUCAACUACUUGUUGGAGAGUUGUGUCGCGCUUAGGGAGAUCAUUGUUGAUACCCAAGCUCCGAUACAUCUGGCUUACGAGGCAGUUGAUCCUGAAGAAUUAAAAUUGGCCGAAAUAGCAAAGGUUUAUGCUAAACAGCAGCUGGAGCCGCUAGUACCUAAGCACAUUAGGUUAUUUAUAUGUUAA